UAUUAAUGUCAAUUUUUUCUUCCUAGGUUUAUAUAUGUGCCAGCUCCACAUACCAGCGAGGCGCUCGCAAAAGUAUUGAUGAAUGCUUUAGUCAAUCUCAAUUUGGAUGAGAAGCUGUGGCAUCUUUGUUGGAUCCAAGGAAAAAGAUGGAACAUGUUACCUAUUACUUUGAGAAGCUUUAUGGAGCACGUGCUAGCACAGAGUGUGAAAGAGUAAAAGCAUUGUUGGAUUCUUUGGUAGUUGAUUAUGAGAAGAGAGGAUCUUUAAGUUGGAGGUUAUCGCAAUUUGAAGGUACAUGUAAGGAUAAUGCUUUGGAAUGUUCAAGCAUUUUAGUUGAUGAAGAUGUCCAGGGAAAGAUCACAGAAGAGGAUGGAGAUGCUGAAAGCGACGAGGAUGAUAUUUGAUCAUAUAGUUGGAAGAUUGAUUUUCCAUUUCGUAGUUGGCACAACAUUUUAUGAGUUUUGAUAAAUAUUUGUGUAACUUUAUUAUAUUUUUAUGUGUUUCUACUGGGGUGAAAUCUUGUGUGGCACAAGAUGAAAAUGUUCCCUAAAAUAUAUUCACAUGUUUUGACUAUUAUUAGGACAUUUAUUAUAAAUAUAUUAACAUUAUGGUG